CACCGCCGCAUAAAAGCCGCGGCGGCGCCGAGCUGCGCCUCCUCGGCUCGGCCCGGCUCGGGGCCGCCCCGACGGCCGCAUGACCGCCGAGAGCCGGCUGCCGCCGGGCCCCCCGCCGCCGCCACCGUUGAAGGGGGACGCGGCGCCUCCGGGGGAGGAGGAGGCGGCGGCGGCGGCGGCGGCGGGGGUGCGGGGCGGGAGGCGGCGGCGCAAACGUCCGGCGGAGCGGGGCAAGCCGCCCUACAGCUACAUCGCCCUCAUCGCAAUGGCCAUCGGGCAGGCGCCUGAGCGGCGGCUGACGCUGGGCGGCAUCUACCGCUUCAUCACCGAGCGCUUCCCCUUCUACCGCGACAGCCCCCGCAAGUGGCAGAACAGCAUCCGCCACAACCUCACCCUCAACGACUGCUUCGUCAAGGUGCCGCGGGAGCCCGGCCGCCCCGGCAAGGGCAAUUACUGGACGCUGGACCCCCAUGCCCGCGACAUGUUCGAGAGCGGCUCCUUCCUCCGCCGCAGGAAGCGCUUCAAGCGCAGCGACCUCUCCACCUACCCGGCCUUCCUCGCCGAGCGCCCCGCCGCGCCCUGCCGCCUCUUCCCGCUGUCCGCCCCGCCGCCCGCCGCCGACUUGCCCCCGGCCCCCGCCGCCUCCUGCGCCUUCGCCGCCGCCGCCGCCUCCUACCCGGCGCAGGGCUGCGCUGCUGCCGCUCUGCCCCAUGCCUAUGCCCCUCUGCCCACCGCCCCCGGGCCCUACGCGCCGGCCGGCCCCGGGCCGCUGUACGCGCCGUCGGGGCGCAUCGUGCUGCCCGCCUCGCCGCCCGCCCCCGCCGGGCUCUACGGUAGCCGCUCCCCCGCGCCCUACCCGCCGCUGCCCCACGCCUACGGCACCGAAGGGCAGCUGAGCGCCGCCGAUCCCGGACCGCGGCACGGAGCCUACCCCGGCGGCCCUGACAGGUUCGUCCCGGUGCUCUGACCCAGCCCGGGAAGGGCCGGGUGCCCGACGGCGCGGACUGGAGCCCGGCAGAGGGCCGUCCAGGAAGAUACUGGAGGACCUUGGGCUGCGCCGCCGCAUCCUGCCACCUGCCCGGGCCUCCUGGCGAGGAGCACCACUCUCAGCCAUGGGGUCUAGGGGGCCCUGCCAAGCCCCCUCUGGUCUCACCAGAGAAGCCUUAGGGGCUCCCAAGUGCCUGAAUGGGGCAAACAGCCCUUUGCUCUUCUACUGCCUUUCCUGGGACAAGUGCUCCAAGCUUUCUGCCAGGCUCCCACCCUCCUGGUGCACCCAGCUGGGGCCCCUGGUCUAUCGAGGAAGAUCCCAGUUUUAUAAAUCUCUCCGCUGGUGAUUAUUGUAUUUACAGAACAAAACAUCUGCUGAGGUGGGGGCGGAGAGAGGCAGGAGAAAGUGGUUCCCAGCCAAAGCUGUAAAAGCAGAAUGCAUGGCACUAACGUGGCGGCGUGUCGCUGAUGCUAUCACAUUAGUGCCAGGCUUCACACCAGCAAUGUGGUCAAGGCUGGGGAAGGUUUGGAUGCUGGGAUUGCAGCCAAAUACAGCAAGUCAGAUCCCUCUGGGAUCAUGCUGUAUACUGCAGGGGUGGGAGAAUGGUGGGACUGGAAGUAUAAAAGCUUUUACCAUGAGCAUGCUCAGCCCCUGGAAGACAGAUGCAGAGAGGCUGUAGGAUCUCUGCCCUUUGAGGUCUGCCCAGCUUGAUUGGACAGUGCCUGAGUGACCUGAUCUGGCUUUGGAGUUGGAUCCAACAUUGAGUUUGUGCCUGCUCUGAGUGGAGACCUGGUCCAGAGGUCUAUGGAAAUCUUUACAUCCUAAAUUAUUUUGAUCCCAAGGUCAGCCCUGUUCUGUCUGUAGCCUAGAGAAAUCAGCAUCUAUGGGGGAAAAAUUUCCUUCCUGAAACAAGUGGGAAAGGCAGGACAUGGUGCCUUUUCAUCUUUGAUUGCUCCCCUUUCAAACAUUCCUAGGAGGGAAAAAAGGCUAGAGGAAAACACGGAGAGGAGACAUCUGAUAGGAACGGCUGUGCAAGGCAUGAAAAUAGAUCCAUGAAAAUAGAUCCAUAGGGAAACUCAAGCAAAUCUCUCCCAACAGGGCCCCAGAGAGGUGGUGGAUUCCCAGGGCUCUGCCUGUGGCUGUGAGUGGAGAGGAAGCCAAUGUAGCCCUGAUAUUAUCCAGAUCUCCUUAUUCAGCUCCUCUUUCCUGUGGAGGUGGGAGCCUGUGUGACCAGGACCAGGAGGAGGUUGGUGAGGGGUACUGCAGCAUGGUGGAGCCUUGAAUGGGGAGAGGAAGGUGGAAUGUGCAGCCGGAGCUGCAGCAGGAGCUUUAGAAGAGCAGACAGGGUGUGCACACACCAGGGUCUCUCUCACCACAAAAGGGUACAGACCAUAGUUUAAAUCAGGCUGGAAGAGACCUUGGGAAGCUUUGUUCUGACCUUCUGCUCAAAGCAGGGUCAGCUAUGAGUCAGACUGGGUUGCUUGGAGCUACCUAGUUGAGUCCUGACAACCUCCAAUGAUGGAGGCAGCACAGUCUCUUUUGGUAAUGUGAUUGUCCUCAUGCAGGAGAAGUUUCUCCUUGUAUCCAUUCAGCACAUCUCUAGUCUCAUUUCAUGUCUACUGUCUCUUGUCCUGCUGCUAUGCACUGCUGCAAAGAGCUCUGAUCCCAUGAAGACACCUGUGACUUCUGCUCCAUGGAGGAUUUUUCAAAUGACGUCCUCAGCAGGAUGAAAUUUAUGUAGGGGCAGGUUCCUUGCCUUCUCUGGGUGCUAAAGUCCGGGAAUCCCAGUGGGACAUGAGAGGGAGGAAAUGGAGUGAAGCAGGAAGGUGGUUGGGUGUCCGCACAGCAGAGUUUUGGGUGCAUGUUCAAGCUGUCUGCAGUGGGGGGACAGGAGACGCCAUAUGGCUGUGUUCCACAGGGCUCUGCAGUAGGAGAUGAGUGUUGGAUUCAAGGUGCCCAGCCCUCCCUCAGAGUGGUCGGGAUGGAAUGUGGUGGCUGAGCCACCUCAUGGGCUGGGAGGCUGGGGCUGGUCUGGCACUGCUGCCCCUUGUCCGUCUGGACUUUUCUGUGGUGCUGCAGGAAACUCUGCUGCCUGUACACGGAGCUGGGGAGGUUAGCACAGGCAGCGAGUGUAGGCCUCAUUCAGAUCUUUGAUGUGGUGAGGUGAAUCAGAUUUUUCCCUUCCUUGCUUUCCCUCCGGAAGAGCCGCCUUGUCUUUUUCCAUGUCCUUUCUGUUCCAGCCAUGUCUAGAGGCUGCUUCCAUCCUGGAGAGAACAGAGUCCUACCUCUGCGGCUUGGCUGCCUCAGCCUGGGGCAGGUCUCCUCAGCAGCCAUGCUAGCUCUUCUCCCAGCUUCUCCCUUCACCAGCUGGAAGACAAGGUGUACUUCUAGCUGUGCCAGCUCUUAGUUUUUUGACAGCUGCCUGCUGGCUGUCUGCUUUCAUCGGCUGCAAGGACUAGACAGUGUCCCUUUACAAGCAAGACAUGCUGACCCAUUUCUGGUUUGGCAGUAGGGAGAGGUUUGGGACAGGAACUGUCCUGCCUCUUAAUGCCUUCCUUACUUCCUGUAGGAGCAGUUAUCAGUGUGGACCGGAUCGUUUUCCUGAGCCUCAAGGUCUUCUGGCCCUUGUUCCCAUUACUUCAACCUGGUUUUAUUCUCUGAUCUAGCCCUGGUGCUAGUGUGAAAAAAAAAAAAAAAAAAAGGUGACCAGAGAUGAUACAGGUCUCAUGUAAGCUGCUCCUGACCUCAGAUAGCAUCUGUAGCAAGUUCAGCAACUCAGUGUCUGGAGGAAAUGUAUGAUAGAUCUUGAUGACUCAGAAGGCACAAAUUGGAUAGGUUCAGUUGCAUAUUUUUUGCAGAUAAGGUCUAAAUGCUUGUUCUUAUUUCUCUCCAGAUCUUUUAUACUUACAAGCUAGGGAAACCAGACAUACCUAGAAAGUAUACUUUCUGCAGCAGGUGCAGUGAUGAGCCUGUUUCAUCAAGGACCUGAGACACAUGGCCACAAACUGCUUAAGCUUCAGCCACAAGCAGCUGGAAAACCUGUGCAGGAGCUUUGUGCACAGUGAAGAGCUACAUGGACCCUUCAAGGGACUCCACAUCUGUGCAGGGUCUCUGCCCUUUGGGAUUUUUGAGAGAAAUGUAGACACAGCUAUACCUGUCCUGUAGUAGUGCUGGCAAUAUUCCCAACCUCCUGCAGCACUGCUGUGAUUUUUUGGCUAUCACAAUCUCUCUGAGCUAUCGUGCAGGCUCAGAUGCAAAGGGUCGGCUGAAUAUCACAGACCUGUCCAGGCUCUAACUUGUGGCAGCAGGAUGUGCUGACCCUGCGCUUGUGUGUGUAGCUGUGUCUCAUGCAACUGCGUGACUGCAGACAGAGGAAGAUAUGGUUGUUGUAUCCUUGGGGAGCCAUGGGGUUGGGCCUGUCUGUGAGGAUAUGGGGAUAUGCCAUGGGGAUAUGUUAGACAAUUGGAUCUCAAUGUAUGCUUGUGCCAUGGGGAUACGUUUAACAUUUGGAUCUCAAUGUAUUUUUGGCUGGGAGUUUGCUUGUAAUUCUCAGGCGCCAUCCAGAAUAAGGAAAAUUUUGAUUUCUGGAAGCUUUAUUGUAAAUAUCUGAGGGCUUUCCUUUUAGAAAAGUUAGUCUAAGUUUCAAACUAGCUGUUGAUUUCUGGGAGAUGAGUCCAAUAGGUUUGGGUUAUAACCCUGUAGGAAACAGUAUGUAUAAACACUGAUGAGAAGAGAGGAAGGCCAUCAAAAUGUUCAUUCCUGAAAGGACAGAGCCUCUAGGUUCCUGUUCUGCCCAAGGUCUGGUACUGCCAGGCUCUGCGCUUGUGGUUUGUGGAAUCCAGGUGGAUUGUAGGCUGUAGCCUAGGAGAACAUUUUAUUCUGUACUGGAGGUUUUUUUGUAUUUACUCUUCUACUUCACUUGUAAUGGAAAUAAAUCUUUGUUCUGUUGUUUGUAA